CACGUGUCUUGAUAUUUAUAGAAAAAUAUUUAUAGAAAAAGGAAGCUGAUAUUGCCAGGUAUUUUUUUAUAUUUCCACUGAAAUAAAUAGAGAUUUACGAUUAUGCGCCUAUUCAAUUAAAAGAGAGCGACUUUAUUUUGUUUAAAAAAGGCACACCAACACAGAAGCAGAAAACACAGAAAGAUCUGUUCCAUCAAAACCAGUGUUGAGAAUUUGGUGUUCAUGGGAAGCUGAUAUUCAACACGCGGAUAUUCUCUGUUUUUUGCAUCUAUGAAGUGGGGGUGGCUAGAUUUUUGUUGAAUUGGAGAGAUGUUAGAUCAAAACGCCUUGUUUCAGAUGAUCAGGGAAUACCCCUACGAAGUUAUUUGUCAGAUACUUUGAUACAAAGGAAGAAUAGAAAGAAGAGAGAUAAGAAAUGUCGACGAUUUAUAUUACUGCCAGAAAUGCGGUUAUUUCAACAUUACUAGGCGUCGUUGUGUUGCUGCAGGCGGUUUCUGGGUUUCCGGCGAUUCUCACUCUGGAAAGAGCUUUUUCGGUGAAGCAUAGAAUUAAAUUGAGUGAACUUAUAUAUAGAGACAAUUUGAGACACGGUAGGAUGUUACUGAAGGAUACCUCUCCAAAAGGGGUUAUUGGGUUUGUUGCUGAAGGAAGUUAUGAUCUUCGUGUUGCUGGGUUGUAUUACACAAAAGUAAAACUGGGAACUCCUUCAAAGGACUAUUAUUUACAAAUUGACACCGGAAGUGACGUGUCAUGGGUUAGUUGCAGAUCGUGCAAUGAUUGCCCAACAUCAAGUGGAUUUAACAUUCCUAUUACAUUCUAUGACCCUUCAAGCUCAUCAACAUCUUCUCCUAUCUCAUGUUCAGACCAAAGAUGUCCUCAAGCGAGUCAAACUUAUGAUUCUAGCUCAUGUUUGAAUAAUCAUUGCACUUACACAAUUCAAUAUGGAGAUGAUAGUGCAACAUCUGGUCAUUAUGUAUCUGACUUGAUGCAUUUUAAGAUUAUUGUUAGUGGUACCGAAACAGAAUUAUCAAAUACUUCAGCUUCAAUUGUAUUUGGUUGUGGCACAAUUGAAUCGGGGGUCUUAACCACACCUGAUAGCGCACUUGAUGGGAUUUUGGGAUUAGGUCAGCAAGGUAGGUCUAUCAUAUCCCAACUUUCUUCGCAAGGGAUUACUCCUAAUUCCUUCGCACAUUGUCUUGCUGAUGGAGGUGGGCUUUUGGUUAUUGGUCAACCAAUGGUGCCAUAUAUAGUAUUUACUCCACUUGUUAAAUCACAGGGGUAUUAUAGUAUAAGUUUGCAAAGUAUUUCGGUCAAUGAUAAAAUGUUGUCAAUUGAUCCAUCGGUAUUUGCAAUAAAUGAUGAUAAAGCAGGAACAAUUGUUGAUUCAGGAACAACUUUGGCAUACCUCACGGAAGAGGCUUACACCACUUUUGUAGAUGCAAUCACAAAGUCGGUUUCACUCUCCGUACAACCACAUACAUCAAACGGAAAUACUUGCUAUUCAAUUACUUCAAGUGUAUCUAAUAUAUUUCCCAUCGUAAGUUUGAACUUUGUCGGGGGUGCUUCAAUGCAUUUAAGACCUCAAGACUACCUUUCUCACCAAAGCUCCAAGAGUGGGGCUGAGGUGUGGUGCAUGGGCUUUCAGAGGAGUCACCAGAAAGGAAUCACUAUUUUAGGAGACCUUGUUCUUAAGGACAAGUUUAUUGUUUAUGAUUUGGAUGCUCAACGGAUCGGAUGGGCACGUUAUGAUUGUUUUUCAAUUGUACAAGUCUCCUCCAACUCAAGUAGCAGUAGCGGUGAAGCUGUAACCCCCAGUCAGAUUAGUGGUGGCAGAUCAUUGGGGAUUAGAAGUCGACAACAAAUUCCGGUCAUUGUUAUUUCCUCCAUAAUAUACCUGACUAUGAUGUUUAUUGGUUUUCAAGCUACUAGAAUGUCCCUUUAAUUUAAUAUGUAUGUUUUUAUUUUAGAAGCUAGUGGAUAUGAAAUAACAUUGUACUUGAAUUCAUAAAAGCAAAUACAUGUUCAUGUGAAUGAAAAGUCCAAC